CAAAACAGCGUCAAGUAUUUGUCAACUUGAUCCCAAACUAAGUUUUAGGGAUCCGAUUUAUGUUUAAGGUGCCACCUCGGGUUUUCGGAUCCAUAAGAUCGGACUCUCCGUGGCGUGUCGGAUAUGUCGGUGCGCUGGCGUUAAAAUAUGACAAUUAAAUCCACGUCCGUCUGCAGCGGGUAGGUGAAUGAAAACUUUGUUUUGCAGACGAGCACUAUGCAAAUGUCCUUUAGCAGGUUUUCGCAAAGGGCAACACUGCGAAAUCGGAUACCGUCCUGUCGUUCUCCAGAUGGAGCAAACACUACUUAUUAUUAACCUGAUGAUAUUUGACUCAGAUGCUCAGUAAUAUCAUGGCUUGUAGUUCUGGCUCCGGUGCAAAAAUGUCCAGUCCAAAUGUCAGCACGUCGACAAUGGCGGUGACACCGGGGGCUGUGGAUCAGAAGACGAGCCCGGUGUUAUUCGAGAUUUACGGAGAGAUCUGGAACGUGCAGGCUCGUUUGGGUCAGGGCGUAUCGGCCUCGGUGUACCGGGUCAACUCCGGUCGGGCGAGCACCGCUGCGGUGAAGGAGUUUCAAGCAGACACGCAGGGUGGAGAUUACGGGUUCCUUAAGGAAAGAUCCGUGCUGGAGAGCAUACAGGGACACAAAAACAUCGUGACUCUCUAUGGUGUGUUCACUAAUCACAACCCAUUUGGUGAGGCCACCCGUUGCCUGUUACUAGAGCUUUUGGAUCUGAACGUAUCAGAUCUACUGGUCAGGGCCAGUAACCAGGGGCACUCCAUGUGGUUGAUUCAGCACUGUGCCCGUGACGUUUUGGAGGCCCUCAGCUUCCUGCACAGAGAAGGUUACGUGCACGCCGAUCUCAAGCCCCGUAAUGUUCUCUGGAGCGCUGAUGACGAGUGUUUUAAGCUCAUUGAUUUUGGCCUAAGCUACAAAGAGGGACACCAGGAUGUGAAGUACAUCCAGACAGAUGGCUACAGGGCCCCUGAAGCUGAGCUGCAGAACUCAUUGGCUAAGGCGGGUCUGGGGGGAGACUCCGGAUGCACAGCUGCCGUGGACCUGUGGAGUCUGGGCAUCAUUCUUCUGGAGAUGUUCUCAGGAACCAAACUAAAAGAAACUGUGAAGUCUCAGGAAUGGAAGGAUAACAGUUUUGCAAUAGUAGACCACAUCUUUUCAAGCAAUGCAUUGGUUUACCCUGCUAUCCCUGUCUAUCAUCUGAGGGAUCUCAUCAAAAGCAUGCUUCACAAUGACCCUAAACUCAGAAGCACAGCCGACUUGGCAUUGGUCAACCCUUUCUUCAGCAUUCCCUUUGCACCUCACAUCGAAGAUCUGGUUCUUUUGCCUACACCUGUUCUAAGACUACUAAACGUAAUAGAUGACAGUCACCUGUAUAACGAAGAUGACUAUGAAGACAUCGUUGAGGACAUGAAAGAAGAAUGCCAGAAGUACGGCACCGUCGUGUCUCUAUUGAUUCCUAAAGAGAAUCCCGGCAAGGGCCAGGUGUUUGUGGAGUAUGGAAAUGCUGGAGACUCCAAAGAGGCCCAGAGACUGCUGACAGGCCGAACAUUCGACGGGUUGACUGGAAUCGGACUCCAUGUCAAAAGCCACAAUUUGUGUCUCAUUCUGAAUUUGUGUCAGGAGAUUUUUUCACCUUGAAUUCCAAAGGUACAAUCUCAGUUUAGCCUAGUUGGACACAAUAUUCUUAGAUUCUUAGUAAAACUCAGUUGUACUAGGAUAUGCACAAGAAAAGCAUAACUUCUAUAACACAUUUGUGAUGGCUGGGGUGGGAAUAGUAAUACUAUAUAUUCCUUUGGCUGAUUUAACAUUAUUACAGAAAUAUGUCUACAAUGCUCUUGUUAGAGUCAGCUGUAUCAGAAUUUGGGGGAAGAGUUUAUUGUUUAUGUAAUAACUGAGUGCUUUUGCAAUCACGACAUUAUUGAAAGCCUUGUUAUGAUAGCUGUAAGCAUUUGUGUUGUGUUUGUGUCUGUGAUUUAAUUGCAUGACAUUUUGGAUUCUUAAAACUACUACAGAGCUUUCUGACAGAUUGACAGUUGUUCACAAGAGCUUUCUAAAGUAUUGAGGACUUGACUGAAAGAAAUAUACUAUAUUGUCCUUAGUAAGGAAAUUUGCAGUGGGACUUCAAUAGCUAAAACAUUGUGUUUUGACAUAAUGAGUUUUGCUUGGCGGUUUGUCAGUUUUCCAGUUUUUUACAGAUUUUGAGAUUCUGUCCUAAUCGCAAAGUCAUUCUGUGUUAUGUCUUACAGUCUUGAAGUAUUUAGUAUUCUCAGUUUUAAAGGCUGUGAGCUCUUAUAUAGUACAAUGUGAGAAAAGAUCAGACUUAUAAGAACGCAAACAUAAUGUAUUUUUUACUCAUGUUGAUUUGAUGACAUCGUGGCCUAUACAAGUCUAUGAGGAUGUUGCUGUAAGGAAAGGACAAUUUAAAUGAAGUGAAAUGCAUGUUCCAAGUGUGCCAUUCCAGUUCUGGGAAAUUUACAUUGCUCAAAUUCUGACUGUGAACUUAAAAGUGUGAUUGAUCCAGACUUAUGCACAAGAAAUCUUUUAGUAUGCUGAGUAUAAAUCUAUUGCUGACAAUGUGUGACAUUUGACUUGGUUUGGGAAAAAAAGGAUUUACUACAAUUGUUUGUGCUAUGCGUUGAUGAAAUGUAGUCAUUUAGGCAUGAUGCUACAAAAGACACAUGUUAUAUGGGGGGAUAAACUUUCCAAACAAAGAGAGAUUCUGUUAGAGCUCAGAUGAAUGAUUGAAGAUAACGCCUAAUAAAAACACAAGUAGUCUCGGACUAUUCCUAAACCAAGUUGCUGAGAAAGCAGUUUACAAUAAGAAUCUAUUUCCAUGUCUUUCGUACUUUUAUGCCUUCCAUUGAGCCAGAUUGAAGACUUACUGUGAGCAAAUAUACCUGACUCUUAGCAUGUUUAAUAAUAGAACAGAAUUACUUCUAAUAUAUUAGUUACAACUUAAAUAAAUAAUAUUCAGGCUUCCCAAGGUCAUAGAAAGCUGGAAAUAUUAGGGAUUGUCAUUCACAGGUCAAAACUUUGAAAAAUAUACUUUAAAGGUGUCGAAAACAUCUAUAAUUAUAUAAUAUAAAAAUAACAAGCUUAGAUAUAUUUCAUCAGGUAGAAAGGGCUCUUUGUACAGUAUGUGCAAUUUCUAUAGGAAGGAAUUCUAGUUUGACAAUUGAUACAAUCCAAAAUUAUAUGAAAAUGACAGUAUUUUCAGGAUCAAGGCCAAGCAUUUAAAUGACAGAAAGGGAUAUUUUCCUCAGGCAAAAUCAUCCAAGAUUCUCAAAUACAGUCUUGAUGUCCCCUGUAACACAUGAAGGGUUUUCAGAUUCAAUAAGCACAAACUUUCUUUUUAGACUUCAGAAUUUAAUGUUAUAUAGAACCAGAGAUGGGUGGUCUGCCAGGGAUCAUUUCAUACUGCCUUACGUUUGAAUACAGUACUGUUUCAAAGUUCAUGGUCACUUAUUCAUUCUUAUAUUUUUUAUAUAAAAUAUUAAUAAGAUAAAUCUAUUCAGGCUUCUUAUUGACUCCAUUAUUAGAUUUGAAUGGAUAGUUCACCCCAAAAAGAAAAUCCCCCAAAUUGUUCCAAACCUGUAUGAAUUAGUUUGUGGUCUGGUCAACGCAACGAAAGAUAUUUGAAAGAAUGUAAGCAACUGACAGUUCUGGCAGAUCUUUGACUACCAUAGUUGGGAAAAUUAAACAUCAAAGACAAAGGAGCCCAGAACUGUCUGCUUCCCUACAUUCUUCAAAAUAUCUUAUUUUGAAAAAGGCUAAACAAUAAUAUUUCCUGCUAAGGUAGUCAAUGGUGCCUCAGAAAUGUUGCAAUGUUGCUAACAUUCUUCCAAAUAUCUUUCUUUGUGUUCAUCAGAAAAAGAAAUGUAUACAGAACUUGAGGGGUGAGUACAGUAAGUGAAGAUAGAUUUUUUUCCGAAGUUAAUAAGUUUUCCUUUUUAUGUUUUUGUCUAUAAAGCUAGUACUGAAACUCUUCAGAUCAAAAGUUUUUAUGAUCAUGAGAAGCAUUUAAUUUAAAGGAUCCUAAACUUUCAAACAGUAAUGUAUAGAUUAAAUUUGUAUGCUGUAAACAGUCAGUAGAUGCUAGACUGUGAGAAAAGUGCCAAAAAAAAGCCUUCUUUUAUCCCACCAGCAACCCUGCAGAACAGAGUGCAGGGAAGCCAUAUAUUUGUUUAUGUCUCAGAAAUGCCUUUAGCAAACAGUAAAGAAAACAGUAGAUGAUAUGCAUUGAUAUGUCAGACAUCCUUGCUAGAGUAUAAACAAAGUGCUUUAUUUUGGCUGGCCUGUGUAUAGAGGGGAAUACGCCUGCCAAGGUAAAAACAAGGUAAAACAGGUGGGAAUUAAAUUCUUUGUGCAUUAAUGAGACUUGCAGGGUAAUACAUUUGGGUGUUGAAUAGUGAAAAGUAGCAAUCUUUACCCCAAGAUAAUAACCCUAAACCUGUGCAGGAAAAUAGAAAAUAGAGCCAGAUGACUUUUCCCCUUAUGGUUAUUAUGAAGAUUUAUGAUCAUUUUCUCUAUAACCCUCACUGAGGAUCGAGACACUCUUAAAAAAAGUGUAUUGACUGUUUUUUUCUGAUUUAUUGGUUUUAAUAAUGCAUGAUAGACUAAAAGAAACCGCACAUACCGCGCCAUUUGAUAGACUGCAUAUGACCUGCUAAGGAGAAGCCAAGAAAUAUUUGUGGCGUUGCAAGCAUUUAAUGAUGAUGAGCGAACUUUAAGAGCCAAUAAGGGCAUAGACUGCCAUAAAUCAUGCUUGGAUGAAAUAUAUAUGGGUUAUACUUUGGGGUGUUUGCAAAAGUAGUGUUUACAGUACAUUUGUGGUACAUGGGUUACAGUAUAAGAAAGGUAAAUGUUGGGUUAAUAAGAAAGCAGUAAGGAAUCAUGUGACUUCUGCGUUUUACAUUGACUUGAUUUAUUUGUUUUUUCACUUCAAAACCUUUUUUUCUCCUGUUAAUGAGAUUUUGCCAGUGAUUUUGUUACUGACAAAAUACAGAAAACAGAGACAUUGCUUUGCAAAAAUGUUAUGAAAUUGUAUGUUUCGACACAUGAAUUAAUAGAUACAGAUUAAUAUGUUGAGGUAAAGUAGUCUCACAGGAAAUAAACUAAAAAAUGUACACAUUAAUAUUUGUCAGUCUCCAUUAAAAGGCUCCAAAGUUGUAUUAUUUAAAUGCAGUUAUUCACAAUGCUUGGUUGUCUUUUAUCAUGUUUUGCAUUUUCUCGUUGCUCAUAGUUUGGAAUUAUUUUCAACCAUUAUUUUAUAAGACAAUCAUGUGUUUCCUGGCCUAAACGAUUGUCUGUUUCCUAUCCUGCCUGAGGCAAAAAUGCAAUUGGUUGAAACUUAAGAUAAAUCGUUCUGCCUUGAAGUCCACAUAUGUGGCUGGGAAUACUAUUUGUAACUUGAAUAUUUCACACAGUAGAAAAACAAUCGCCUGAAAAUAGCUUAGAGCGAUGCGUGUUUCAUGUGUUAGUUAGAUUUGAGUGGAAAGAUGUUUGUCCAUUAAAGAUCAUGGCAUGACUUAAGAGCUCUGGAUGAUAAGGAUGAUGUUCAUGUUUCUCACAAUAAAAUGUUAAUGUGUGUAUUGCAA